AUGCUGGUCUCCCUUACCGUUGGGAAGGUCGACGCUGGGGUGGCAGUGCUUCUGACCGAAGAUAAAAGAUUAAUAGAGUUCCCUUCUAUACUGUUACCGCCAUCUAUUCGCUCAGGCAGCAUAGUCGAUAUCACAGUUAAGCAGAACCACAAUGCAGAACAGCAGGCUGAGGAGCAGUUCCAAGCUCUUCAGCAGAAUAUCCUCGAACGCUACGGUCUACAGGCACCAAGCUCACCUGUCCUCCGCCUACGAAAUGCCACACAGACAAGUAUUGUGCUGGAGUGGGAUCCUGUACAGCUCGCGACCUCACAGCUCAAAAGUUUAGCACUUUACAGGAACGGUAGCAAAGCAGGGAAUAUACCAAGACCAAUGGACAUGCUGAGUACGAAGAUUAGCGGGUUGAGUUUGAACACGGAAUAUAGUUUUUAUCUGGUACUCAAGACGAGUGGCGGCACAUAUACCUCGAAUACAGUUACAGUCAAGACACAUGAGAUGACCAACUUGACCGGCAUUACUGUAACACCAGGUGUACUACAACCAGCAUUACGAGAGGCUUGCGAAGCAGCCGUUGAACGCAUAGGCGCCAAAUUAGUCGACACUGUCCGAAUAGACACGACCCAUUUUGUCUGCACAGAACCUCGAGGCGACGCCUGGCAGAAGGCCGUCGAGAUGAACAUUCCAGUAGUACGACCUGAAUGGCUCGAAGGAUGCGAAAGAGAGGGCAAGAUAGUGGGAGUGCGAGCAUAUUACUUGGACGCCGAUCCUAAGCUGCGUCAGGUUGGAACCAAUCCCAACAUCCAGCAACAAAGUAGAGAAAGCAUGAGCCAGAGGCAGUCAGUGCAGAUUCCACCAGCGAGGACCUCAAGUAUACCUCAAGCCCAAGCAAGUCAAACUAGCCUCCCAAGUCGGGCUCCUAAGAGUCCUGAUAAGGAGGUCGGAGAGCCUGGUCCAACAGUUGGAGCGACUCCAGAGUUGGCCCAGGAAGAAGUACCCAGACAGAAAGAUCUGCCACCAGAUCCUCCGACGCGCGAUGACAGUGACAACUCGGAAGCCGAAGACGGCACAGGGGAUUCGGAGAAACGACUACCUGCACCGCACGCGGCCGAGGAUACUGAGGAUGACGAUGUGCAAGAGGAAAAACAUUCGCCGCCUCCUACAAAAGCAAACAAACCAGGAGUAGAAGAUGAAAAAGGUGAAGACAUGGAAGAGGUCGCCCUGUAG